GUGCGAAGCACGGGGUAAAAACUAGUUUAUUUAUAUAAGAUUGAAUUGUUGCUUUAUAUCUAAGUGGGUUUUUAAUCUUCAUUGGGGAUGAAAAUUUAAUGGCAAAAAAAACUGCAGAGUAUCUAAAUUGAUAGCACUACCGGGCGGAUGCCUUCUAGCAAUCCCGCCCAAGGCCCCAAACAGAGCCACCGUGGGAGGAAACGAUCACUGUGUAUAUAUUCAGAUCUCCACGAAGGCAGUAUACAGGUUGAAACAAUGGUUCCCUCCAAAUCGCUCCCUCUCGCUGCACUUGCACUUUUUCUCUUCUCCAUUUCUCUAUCCGCUGCUGCAGGAGGCGACCGGAUUCCGGCUGUUGUAGAAGCUCUCUCGGAUUCCGGCUACGCCGCCAUGUCUCUCACAAUUCACCUCAUAGCCGACUCCAUAACCAACUUUACUUCCACCUUCACAAUCUUCACUCCGCCGGACUCCGCCUUCGAGGCUUUUGGGCAGCCGUCUCUCCCGCACCUCCUUCUCCACUUUGCCCCUAUCUCCCUUUCAUCCACUUCCCUCCGCUCUCUCCCAUACGGCUCCGAAAUUCCAACUCUAACCUCCUCCAGUCCGCUGUACGUCACUACAUCUCGCCCCGACGGAUCUACGGUCUCCAUCAAUGGGGUCAACAUCUCCGGCUCUCCCAUUUUCGAUGAUGGUUCCGUGCUCGUCUUCCCUAUCGACGACUUUUUCCGCCCUAAUUUCAGCCUCCAGAUUGCGGGAGAACCAAGCUCGUGUUCGAAUCCUCGCCCCCGAUGCAAAUUGCAACCGUUCUCGCAACUACAGGACGCAUCCGCUGCACUGAAAUCUAGAGGCUAUCUCAUUAUGGCCUCAUUUCUGGAUCUGCAGAUCUCCGGAUUUCUGAACCCCUCUCCGUUGAAAUUGACUGUGUUUGCGCCGGUGGACGAGGCUUUGGUUAUGUAUUCCGGCGAUGUGUUAAUGUACCAGUCACUUUUCAUGAGGCACAUUCUACCUUGUGUUCUUCCAUGGGCAGAGCUGAGCGAGCUCGGGAAGGGUGCUGGAACAGUUUUCAAGGAUAACGGGAACGGGUUUACCAUAAACAUAGCCAGCGACAAUGGCUUAGUUUUUGUGAACCGGGUUAAAAUCUCAUUUCCGGACAUGUUUACAAAUGAUUGGAUCGUGAUCCAUGGUCUCCAUGAUAUGAUUGAUCUGCCUGAAGAGACCAAUAUGGGAAGAGAAGAUUCAGCUAUGGGUUCUGAGAGCAAAAUUCAGGAAUCCAUUUCACCAGAUCGCAGUGAAUUCUGAGUUGGGCGGCAUCUUGUCAAAUGAUGAUUUCUAUACGUUUUGGAUGCACAGGAUGAUGACCAUUGCACUGUAGCUUUACGGUUCAAGCAAAGCGAUCACUGGGCAUGCCAAUAGUCGUUUUAUCGUCACUGUAAGUGGUACAAAUGGAGAGGAUUGCAUUUAUGUUUUAGCUGUUGCAAUUGCAACAUCUCAUGGCUUUCAUCACCAAUCUCUUGUUCUAGUAUUAGACUAUUAUCCCGUAUUAAUACCAAGUAUUAGUAGGAAUAUAUAAAAAAAAAAGUAAGCACACCAACUCUGCUGAAUAAAUCAUUUAAAGCACU